ACAAAACAGUUCCUUCGAGUCGAUUGCCGGAGUCGGACGCAAUCUCGCGGGUCGGGCCACGCUGAUCACCCAUAACCUAUUAUUGCCGCCACCACCGGGAGUGUUCGCGCGCGUGUGAACCGUGUACGUGUGUCUCUGUGUCAGAGUGUGUGUGUGCGUCUCUGUGUGUCUGUGUCCAUGCAUGUGUGCUCGGCAGAUCAGUGCCGUGGAUUGAUUACCUUUCUGUCGUCCCAUCAAUUGGCUGAACCCGGCCAGUGAGCAUAGAUAGAUUUCUGCGUGUCCCGUGUCAACACUUAAUACAACAUGAGCCGCCGAUAUUCGCGCGUCGAGUCCAGCUCGGACCUGAUGCAGUUCCUGGACCGUGGCCACUCGGCAAACACGGAAAACCGAUGGACGUUCGAGAUAGCGUGGGAGGUGGCCAACAAAGUCGGUGGCAUAUACACGGUGAUCCGAUCGAAAGCGUUCGUGUCGACCGAGGAGCUGGGCGACCAGUACUGUCUGAUCGGCCCGUACAAGGAAGCGUCCGCCCGUACCGAGGUUGAGGCGUGCGAGUUUCCCAGCAAUGGGCCGUUCUACCGCGCGGUCACGGCCAUGCGCAACCAGGGCUUCAAGGUGCACUGUGGCCGCUGGCUGGUCGAUGGCAAUCCACAGAUCAUACUGUUCGACAUCGGGUCGGCGGCGUGGAAGAUGGACGGCUACAAACAGGAGCUCUGGGACUCGUCCAACGUUGGCAUUCCGCACCUGGACAUUGAGUGUAACGAUGCCAUCAUUCUCGGCUACACGGUGGCGACCUUCAUCGAUGAGUUCAAGCGCUGCGCUGAGGUGUACUCGCACGAGAACGAAUACGGUCCGCCACGGAUUGUGGCCCACUUUCACGAGUGGCAGGCGGGCGUCGGGCUGAUUGCGCUCCGGACGCGCCAGGUCGAUGUGGCGACCGUCUUCACCACGCACGCCACCCUGCUCGGGCGGUACCUGUGCGCGGGCAACACCGAUUUCUACAACAACCUCGACAAGUUCCCGGUGGACGAGGAGGCGGGCAAGCGGCAAAUCUACCACCGGUACUGCUUGGAGCGGGCGGCCACCCACCUGUCGCACGUGUUUACCACCGUGUCCGAGAUUACCGGGUACGAGGCGGAGCAUCUGCUGAAGCGCAAGCCGGACAUUAUCACCCCGAACGGGCUGAACGUGAAGAAGUUCGCGGCGAUCCACGAGUUCCAGAACAUGCACGCGAUGGCGAAGGAGAAGAUACACGAGUUUACGCGCGGCCACUUUUACGGUCACUUUAACUUUAACAUCGAGAAGACGCUGUACAUGUUCAUUGCCGGGCGGUACGAGUUCAGCAACAAGGGGGCGGACAUCUUUAUCGAGGCACUGGCCCGCCUCAACCACAUGCUGAAGUCGAGCAACUCGGACGUGACGGUGGUGGCAUUUUUGAUCUUCCCGGCCAAGACGAACAACUUCAACGUGGAGUCGCUGCGGGGCCAUGCCGUCACCAAGCAGCUGCGCGAUACGAUCAACAGCAUCCAGCAGGACAUCGGGAAGCGGAUGUACGAGACGUGCCUGCAGGGCCAGCUGCCCGAGGGCGCGGAGAUACUGACGAAGGAGGACAUUGUGAAGAUUAAGCGCUGUCUGUACGCGCUGCAGCGCGAUGGCAAUCCGCCCGUAACGACGCACAACGUGGUAGACGAUUGGAACGAUCCGGUGCUAGAGUCGAUCCGCCGGUGCCAUCUCUUCAACACGAAGUACGAUCGCGUGAAGGUGGUGUUUCAUCCGGAGUUCCUGAACUCUACCAAUCCGCUGUUCGGGCUGGACUACGAGGAGUUUGUGCGCGGCUGCCAUCUCGGUGUGUUCCCGUCGUACUACGAACCGUGGGGCUACACGCCGGCCGAGUGUACGGUGAUGGGUAUACCGAGCAUCACGACGAACCUGUCCGGGUUCGGGUGCUUCAUGCACGAGCACGUGGCCGAUCCGAAGUCGUACGGUAUCUACAUCGUCGACCGGCGGCACGUUGCGGUGGAGGAGAGCGUCCAGCAGCUGUCCAAGUAUAUGUUCGAGUUUUCGAAGCUCAACCGCCGCCAGCGCAUCAUUCAGCGUAAUCGAACGGAGCGGUUGAGCGAUCUGCUCGACUGGAGAAAUCUGGGAAUUUAUUACCGCCAGGCGAGGGUUAAGGCACUGCAGCGUGUGUAUCCGGAUUAUGUGGACGAGUCUACGGAAUACCUGAAGCGAGCGACAGACUUCACAUAUCCACGCCCGAUCAGUGCCCCACCAAGUCCUAGUUCGUCCAGACAUACAACGCCGGCACCGUCCCUGCACGGUUCAGACGAUGAGCAGGAUUCCGUCGACUCUGAGGAGGAGCUACAGGAGCUAAACUCACACCAUUAGAUCGCACAAACUGGGCCAGCUAACCAAUCCUCCUAAUCCCCUGAAGCAGGAUCCUGUAGAUUAAUAGAGCGGGAGAGAGAAGAGAAAGAGAGCGUGCGGGACUCUUGCAAGCUGCAUCACUUACUAGAAGGAUGAUAUUUUAUCCGAUGUUGACCAGAAAGAUUCUACUGGAAAUAUUCGCUGUCCAGUCUUGCCUGCCUGUCGUUUCAGUGUUUCUGUAUGAGUGUGUAUUUGUUGUCCUCGGGUAACUCAGCACUACGUACUACGUACCGCGUCGGCUGCACUAGCCAAACAAGAGAUUGUGUUCACUCACUUACUCCCCUAAGUCCUAAGCUGUAUUUAAGAAAGGAAACAUCCAGCGGAACCGUUGUGUUGCAAACGUGUUUGCACUUUUAGCAAUAAAACCACCCCCUGUACGAAAUGUUCCGCUAACU